AUGGCGUGGGCGAUGAGCGGCGGGACGUGGCAUUCAUGGACCCAGACUUGGUUCACCGUGUUGACAACACAAACGGCCGCCAACUCUACGAUCCGAGAGGUUUUGGUGACAGGCUUCUGCAAGGAAAAAUACCAAUUCCACACGAGACUAGAAGACGGCUUUCCAGCUCGCUUCCUUGUGGACAUUAUCGAGAGGAUCUUGAAGAAAGAAAAAGGGAACGGGGACUUCUCGCUGCAACCAGCUGAUCGGUUCCACGCACAUGAGACCGAAAAGGAGAAGAAGCGAUUUUCCAUUGAACCUGCCGUCCUAUACACAUCUCAAGACGCCGUCAUUGUAUUCUCCUAG